AGAACUCGAAAGACAUGAGCCAGCUGAAGGCUUUCCAUGACGUCUAGACUGUUAUCAUUACAAGUACCUAUUUUCAAAUAUUUCCGCGUAUAUCCCUCUAUGCCAUUCGAAAAGCCCGGGCGACCUCGGCGGUUUGCUCCCCUGCAACCCGAGAAGGGGAGAGCAUCGGACGCUCCGAAGCUCCAGGGGAUUGUAUUUGAUGUUGAUGGUACAUUAUGUGAACCACAGACAUACAUGUUCAAAGAAAUGAGAGGAGCACUCGGCAUUCCCAAGAGCGUCGACAUUCUCGAACACAUAUACUCUCUCCCCACGCUGGAGCAGCAAAACAACGCCAUGAAAGCAAUCCAGGAGAUUGAAGGACGAGCAAUGCUCGCGCAGAAGCCGCAGGCCGGACUCGUUGAAUUAAUGCAGUACCUUGACUCACGCGGAGUGCAAAAGGGGAUCUGCACGCGGAAUUUUGAUAAACCCGUGAGCCACCUCAUCACCAAAUUUCUUAAUGGGCACGUCUUCCAUCCCAUUAUCACUCGCGAAUUUCGUCCCCCGAAGCCCGACCCUGCUGGUAUCUUGCACAUUGCGCAGAGCUGGGCAUUAUCCGACGGCGGCACCGGCCUGAUCAUGGUAGGCGACAGCAUGGACGACAUGACGGCGGGAUACCGCGCAGGGGCUGCCACUGUGUUGCUGGUCAACGAAGUCAAUGCGCAUUUGGCAAAACAUGAGCAUACAGAUUUAUGUAUUACCAGACUAGACGAACUGAUUCCGAUUCUGGAAGAUGGAUUUGUAGGAGAGAUUGAUCAGGGCGAAGAGAAUCCUGAUACGCGCUCGCAGGCGGAAAGUGCAUUGGAGCGAAAAUAAAAUGAAGAGUCUACAGGAGAGAUAUAGAUGACUUUAGUUUUGCCUAUUUGACACUUAAGUAUGAAAAGAGAGGGCGGAGAAAGGCGGCUGCCCAAGAUGUUGAAGUGAUAUAGUGGUGUACAGGAUAGAAAGUGAACGCAGCUGUUUAUAUGUUAUGAUCUGCCACUGGACCAGUACAGAGCUAAAUGAUCACGUUAUGAGGAAC